GUGAGUGAAGACAAAGAGGAAGAGGAAGUGCUUGGGAAUGGCCGCAAGUGCUUGCUGGGACAAUGUCCAAAUAUAGAAAGAGUCGGCCAUAUAAAUGUGACGUCAUAAGCUGCGGAAGCUUCCGACAUCCAUCAAACAGCAAGGCGUGAGAUCAUUUCUAGGGUAGACAGACAAAAUGAGGGAAUACAAGAUCGUGGUUCUCGGCAGUGGAGGUGUGGGCAAGAGUGCCUUGACAGUGCAGUUUGUCCAGGGUAUUUUCGUGGAGAAGUAUGACCCAACAAUAGAAGACAGUUACAGAAAGCAAGUGGAGGUGGAUGGCCAACAGUGUAUGCUGGAGAUCCUAGACACAGCUGGCACAGAACAAUUCACAGCAAUGAGAGACCUCUACAUGAAGAAUGGCCAGGGCUUCCUUCUUGUCUACUCUAUAACCGCUCAGUCCACUUUUAAUGACCUUGAGGAGUUGCGAGAACAGAUUCUACGCGUGAAAGACACUGAGUGUGUUCCAAUGAUCCUGGUGGGCAACAAGUGUGAUCUGGAGGACGAGCGUGUGGUGGGUAAGGACCAGGGCAUCAAUCUGGCCAGACACAACAACUGUUCCUACCUCGAGACUUCAGCUAAAGCCAAGAUCAAUGUCAAUGAGAUUUUCUGUGAUUUAGUUCGAAUGAUCAACAAGAAGAACCCAGAACACUCUACCAAGAAGAAGAAGAAAUCCGGCUGCACUUUACUCUAAGUUUUGUGGGUCCAUUGUUUGAGAUAGGACUACUGUAAGCAACAGAGUGUAAGAGAUGAAGGAAUGGACAGCCAGGGAAACUAGCAGUGGGAAUAUCGAAGGACAAAGUGACCACUCCACAACAGGGCAUUCAAGAACCAGAGAUAUUUUCACCACUAGUCUUUGCUACUUUUUUUGGACAACUUUUCCCAUUGACCUAGGAUCUGAUAAUUUAAGGGAAACUGAAUGCUGUCCGUCACAGGUUUCUGAUCAGUUCCGUACUGAUCCAGUUGAUUGGCAAACUGACGAAGCAUCGGUACACAGUGACAGGAUGUGUUUUAAGCCAGGUGAUAGUGCUUUUUGUUGCUUUCAUCUUCUACUUGUUGGUUUAUGGAACUCUCUACUAUAUGCUUGAGCAUGUAUUGUUAAAGGUUGAUGUAAUAAUGUCUUGAUCGGAACAUCAAGUAUUCCACAAAACUUUCAGUUCGUUCCCACUGCACCAACCUGCCUGUGUAUAUAACUCUUUUCAAACUAUGGGCCAUUCAUUAAUGUCAGUUAUUUGUAGAACACAAGAUAUGUGAUAACCUCUUGUUUCUCAUAGUGUAGCUUCUACUUUUCAUAAGCCCGCUUUUCCUAAUUCUGUAUUUAUUCCUUGUACAGUGUGGAUGUUUACACAAUAUUUUUUACAGAAACACCUCGAUUUAAUUCUUCAAUCUCGGUUCCAAGUCUCUCAUCUUGUAUUGCCAUAGUAUCAUGAGAUCAAUUGAAAAUGUGGAACGAAGAUGAUAAAAGUUGAUUAGGACUUCAGCAACCUGCUGAUGGCAUAUAAUUCAAUAAAACAUUAACACCUCUAACAUUAUUUUAAUCUUCUAUGUUGUAAUUGAGUAUACUUGUGAGGUGUAGCUGGUGGAUACGCAGCUCCUAGCCCCAGUCCCUAUACAAUGUCGACCCAUCCUGCCCUGCCCUUUUUUGUAUAUAUUGAGUGUUUUUUAUCAAGCACUGGUAGCUAGUGGAUUUAACAAGAGUCUUUUGCAUAAAGACUGCUACAUUUGUGGAGGUUCUUGCCGUGAGUUUACGUAGAGUACUGCAGUACUUGGUCCAGUUACAAGGAUACUGCACAAGCUUGUUCAAGUGAAAGCACCUGCCAAAAUAUGGCAAGGAGUGGAAGUACCGUGGCACUUUCAAGAGGAAACAUUGCAAAACAUAGUUCACUUGAAAGAGAAACCCAUGAUGCAAGUACAAGCACUGUGACGUGGGUCAGGUGCAAGCACUGAAAGGCUGCUUGGGGUUCAAGCACUAUGCUGAUUCAGUUGCUGUGUAUUGAAGUUAGUGUUGAUUACAUGUAAGUUUGCUAGUACGCUAGAGCCUGUUGGAAAUUUGCUAUUGGUUAAAGGCCACAGUCAAGCUGCUUCCAAGAAGUGGGAAUCUUUUCAAUAUGGUGUUGGUUGAAGCUUAAAUGGUUUACUUGUCUGAUGGAAAGUCCAUGUGAAACUUCAAAGCCAAGUCAGACUGCAAAUUUCUUUCUUACAAACCAUUACUGAAAUAGGAAGGUAGCUUACAACAUAGAAAAGUGUGACACAUCACAUUUAGAGUUACCUGCCCUUGAACCACCAGAGGACAUGACUUUUCAACACAUUUCAUUGUCUGGUAUAAGUGGCACUGAAAUAUGUGUCUAUUUUGGAUGUCAACUCACAAUAUGAAAGACAAACAUUUCAUUCCUUAGAUUUCAUUCAUCAAAGUGAUUGUGAAUCUUGGAAGCAGAUAUGGAACAUUUUUCAACUGAGGUAAAGAAAAAAAAUGGAGGCUCAAGCCCCCUGGUGGUGGUCUUUAAGGGGAGAGAACUGUUUAUGCAUCUAAUCAGGUUUUAAUGUAGCCACAUUCUUUAUUAUUUUUAUGCAGUGCUAACAUUUUCAUAGUAAACUAGUUGGCAGAAGGACCAAGUUUCAAAUACAAUUUUGAUUAUUUUCAGCAAGCAAUGUUUUCAGUCAAAAUACCACUUUUGAUUGUAUGUUACUGCAUGUAUUCAGACAAUUAUGUUACCUUAGCAUGAUGGGUAAAAUCCCUUACAAUGUAUAAUUUUCCUUUUGAGUAUAGUAAAUGGGUUGCUUAGAGUCAAAGAGCCUGAUUUGUGUUGGAGACACUAGAACGGAAUGGUGCACCCUGCCCGUCCCCAACAACUCCCGGUCCUAUGUUUAGUGUAGAGCAUGCCCCUCAGAGCUUUUGCUUUACAUUUUAUCAUUGACUUUAUCACUCAUUUAGGACCAUUAUUUUUCUUAAUAAAACAAAAUUAAUUGCUCUUUCA